AUGGGAUUUGUUGCACCAGUGGUCUUAUACGCAAAACUUCUCAUAAAACAACUUUGGUUGUGUGAAUGUGAUUGGGAUGAUAUACCACCCGACCACAUCAUUCAACAGUGGUCCCGUUUUAAGGAGGAACUUCCUCUUCUUGGAAAAAUUAAAAUUCCACGACAUGUUGGCAUCGCGUCCGGUGAUGUUGUAACCGUUGUGGGCUUCGCGGACGCAAGUGAAAGGGCCUACGGAGGAGUUGUGUACUUUCAUGUAAGAGACAGUCAAGGUCUUCGCAAAAACUCAUUUAGUCUGAUAAGCGCUAAAUCUAAAGUGUCACCUCGUAAGGUGGUUUCGCUAGCACGUCUCGAGCUUUGUGCAAUAUUAGUCCUAAGCAACUUAAUUGCUAAUGUAAUUAAUGCUUGUAACAAUCGCAUUAAUAUAGAUCGUGUUUUCGCAUUCUCAGACUCGACUGUAGCUCUUUGUUGGGUGCAUUCUUCGCCCCAUCGUUGGGAUACUUUCGUUGCUAAUAGAGUCUCUAAGAUUCAGAAUGAAUUUCCACCGCAAACAUUUUAUCACAUCGCUGGCCAUGAAAACCCCGCUGAUUGUUUAUCUCGUGGCCUUAGUCCCGCACAAAUCAUUGAUCAUCCGCUUUGGUUCUGCGGUCCUCAAUGGAUUCUAUCAGAUCCAAGUUUUUGGCCUGUUACGGAUUUUAAUCCAUCUACUGUGUCUCAGCCUCCAGAAGUAAAGAAGCAUGUAACUCUUUUCACUGCUGAAGACUGUGAAAAGGUUGAGAAAAGUUUUUUAAUUACGCUUGCAAAUCGUUUUUCAUCUUGGUCAAAGCUUUUACGCAUUGUCGUUUAUAUCUGUCGUUUUGUUAAAUUAUUGCCUCGGCGUAGUACUAUAAUCGCAGCGGAUUAA